GGGGCGUCAUGUUAAUUUAUGAACAGAACAACCCUCACAGAACCGAGGCAAUGGCAAUAAUAAAUUGGUUUUUCAUUGUUAUAAUGUGUCUAACAAGCACUUCUAAUACAGAAAGUAAUUUAACACAUAUCAGCCAUAGAGUUGUCCCCCGUAAUACUGAUUUUAUUCAUUCGGAGGGGAAAAGUGCUUCGUCAUUUCGCGGAGGAAUAAAAAAUUAACCAAUCGCUGUUUACUCUAUCACGCCAUUGGAGGCAUUGACCACCAAACGACAUAAAUAAUAAAUCAGUGGAGAAAUCGAUUGAAAGACCACUUUUAUUGGCAGAAUGCCCUCAGGGAAAUGGGUGAAGGUAUGGAUCUACCUGAACUUUGUGCUGGGGAUGACCAGAAGUGCACGGCCAAGGUUCGACACUUCAACGGAUAUGGGAAUGGUACUGGUUCCAGCCGAUGCAGAAAUUGAUUCGGUGAUUUUUCGAUUACGCGCCACCGAUCAAGACGCUGAUUUUCCACUCGUUUUCAAUAUUGCAGCUACUGUCAGUCCCGUAGUACGAAUAGAAAAUCUACCCUGCACCCUGUACAACAAAAUCUGUCAAGCCAAUGUCAUCUUGACGAAACGUCUAAUGGCAGGACGUCUCCACGAUUUUGCCGUACGUGUGAAGGAUUCAAAGGGUGACUCAAAUUCCAUGCAGGCUACCAUUUCCGUCACAAAUGCAACCACCCAGCGUGACAAGAUAUUUCCACACAUUCCAGCCAUCAUCAUGGUCCCUGAGGACGCAAAGCCCGGAAAGGAACUCGAUUAUAUAGUGGUCCAGGCUAAUCAGUGGAGCGGGAAACCUGUGUAUAUAGAAUUAUGGCAACCAAAAGAAUUAUUUACGAUACGACAACGACAAACUCCGACUCAAACUCGAGGAGUCAUCACCCUCAUUGGGGAACUGGAUUUUGAGACACAAUCGAUGUACACACUGACAAUCUAUGCCACGGAUCCUUAUACGGAACCCAAGAAAGACACCAGGAACAUCGCUGGUUUACAUCUUGUCGUGAUAGUACAAGAUGUCCAAGACGUUCCCCCCGUGUUCACUCAUGCUCCACCACUAACUAAGCUCAAUAACACCAUUCAACCUGGUGACGUGAUCCUGAGGGUUCACGCAGAGGAUGGUGAUAAAGGCGUGCCAAGAGAAGUGACAUAUGGACUGGUCUCCGAGGGGAACCCCUUUACACCGUUUUUCAAUAUUUCAGAAUCUACUGGUGAAAUUAUUCUUGCAAAAUCGUUAGAGGAGUUGACGCAAAUAACUCAUGUUGGAGCGCCCGUUGUUCUGAGUGUAGUUGCUGAGGAAAUUAGACGAUCGCCACUUGAGCCACCAGCACAAGCUACGGUUGUAGAAGUUGGAUUGCUACUUGGAGAGCCUGGAAAUAGUCCACCAUAUUUUGAAAAUGACCAUUACAUCGCCUGGAUGGACGAAAAUCCCGAACCUGGUUCUCUAGUAAUCUUCAAUGAGUUGUACUCAACGCGAGUUAAAGACGAAGAUAUUGGCAAAGCUGGUGUAUUUACAUUAAAACUGGAAAAUAACAACAGUACGUUUGAAAUUAGUCCAACUGUGGCGGAGAGAUCUGCUAAUUUUAUUCUCAGCGUGAGAGAUAAUACGUUAAUCGAUUAUGAAGUCCAUAAGAGUCUUCAGUUCAAGAUAGUUGCUCAAGAGGUUGGCCCUGCGACAAAUCUCUCUGCCUCAGUGCCAGUUACGAUAUUUCUUCGGGACGUGAAUGAUAAUCCUCCAGAGUUCGAGGAGGCAAUAUAUAAAGUGACAUUAUCAGAAAACGUCACUGCAGGAGCGCGUGUAGUGCAAGUUCAUGCAACGGACAAGGAUAGUGGGUCGUUCGGGAGGAUUCAGUACACUCAAAUUAUCGGCCCUGGGAGUGAAGCAUUUGUCAUCAAUCCUGAUACAGGAUUUAUUUCUGUAGCAGUAGGUGCCAAUCGAAUUCUUGAUCGAGAAAUUACUUCAGAGCUUCAACUGACUGUAGAAGCUCGUGAUGAGGAUGGAAAGGGUCUCAGGGGCUGUGUUCCCUUCAUCAUCACUCUACUCGAUGUCAACGACAAUCCGCCAAUAUUUGAAAAAGACAGCUACGAUUUUUUUAUCAAUGGAGAGUUGACAAACUUCACUACCCCCGCAAUUAUCAAAGCAACAGAUGCUGAUGCAGAACCUCCCAAUAACGAAGUUCGAUAUGAAUUAAUUCACGGAAACUACGACAAUUUUUUUAUUCUCGAUGAAGUGACUGGUGAAAUUUUUCUGAGAAAGCAGAUGACGAAAGCUAAAAUUACCCGUCAUAAUCCUUACCGAACUGAGGCAGCAGAAUCCAAGAAAACUAUUUUCCCAAUUAACAGAAGUCUUGAAAAAUCAAACAUCUCCAAUAUUCGCUCAACUCCCUCCCUAAUUCCCCAGGAAAAACCCUCAAAUCUGGAAAAUACAACAGAAAAACUCAUCCGUCACAAACGUCAAGAUACAGACAAAAAUGUGCGCUUCACUCUCACAGCCCGAGCUUACGAUUUAGGAGUUCCACAUUUGUCCAGCACAACUCAAAUAAAUAUUCUACAAAGUCCCUCGACCUUUGCACGAAUUGUGAUGUUUGUGGUGGCGGGAGAGAAUCCAGAUCCUGUAAAGACAGCGCAGACAUUGGCCACUAUCACUGGUGGUCACAUUAUGGUGAAGGAAAUUCGUCCAUAUGUUCCGGGCAGCACAGUCAACGGACUUGAGACAACAUUACCAAGCACUGAUGGUGUGAAGCGAAGUAUCGUCGUAGCUCGGGUAGAAUCGACCGGAGGUACUUCACUAGUCGACAUCGAUAAAAUUAGAGCAGCUCUCGCCGCUAAUGGAGUUGGUGUUGUUGAUGGAGAAAUGCCUCCUCCAAAUGUCGACCCUAAAAACGGUGAUACUUCCAUUAAUACCACUAGCACCAUCCCAUCUGGAUAUAAUGAGGAAGUCACAGUCUACAAAGCUGAGAAUAAACUGCUCUUCUGGCUCCUUAUUCUCCUGGGUCUGCUUAUAUUAGCGGCUAUCAUCGCGUUCAUACUUUGCUGUAUCUGCCCCGGGUGUCCAUUUUACAUGGCACCAAGAAAACGCCGAAUACAUUCGUCGGAAACAUUAGUGGCCCGUUCUGAUGGGAGACCUAAGAGACAUAUUCAUCGGAAGUAUCCAAUGAUGAUGCAAGAUCCCAACUGGUCUGAGAAGAAACAAGCCUGGAGUGCAGACCCAAUGGCAUCGCACUGGCAGUUCAAUCGUCGAAAUACGAAGCAAUAUGGAUUAGCCUCUCUACCUGGCGAUGUAGUACGUCUCCCCGAUUCCAACUAUCGCUGGCCUCGCAAAGCUGUGUCUCUCAGAGCGGAUCCUCACAUUCCGAUUCCAAUGAAUGAUCCGUUGUACCCCACUAGACAACAAGAAGAGCAUCGAAUGUACCUGGAGAACAUCGCACGUGCCAGAGAAUAUGAAGGAACGGACAUCGACUCCUUACGCAAACCUGAAUUUGAAAGAGGAUCAGAUCUAGGGCGACAACAGCAUGGGCCAAUGGCAACAAGACGAGAACAUCAUUUUUAUCGAGAAGGAAAUGCAGAAGUGAUGAGACUUGUGACUCGAGAUGGAAUGGAAGAGACUCUAGCAGCGAUGCACAGGGCUCCAGAAAUCAUUAUUGAUCAAGCCAGUGGUCACAAAUUUGAUGGUAAAGAUAUUCUCCUUCGGCGAUUCAUCGAAGACCAGAAAUUACGAGCAGCUGGUAAGGAAUAUCAAGAUGGCCUUCAAGAAGAUUUUGAGCAACAAAGUAUGGAGUCCCAUCAGAGACAACGUGAGCUGUCAAUGCAACAGCAACAUCAGCACCGAGAAAUAUUAGUGAUUCCCGAGAAACUAGACGGAGGUCAUCAUCACCAUUUCGAACAACUUGGACCAGACGUUCAAAGAUUGAUAAUUGAUCACGGGAUCUAUGAAAAACCGGGAAGAUCAGAGGUACGUGAACAUCAAGAUAUUCUGACCGAUGCAGCACUUUUAAUUCCCAUGGAAAAGCAGCCCCUGGAGAAACCGAAGGAGACAAGUUCUACGAGUUUUCAGAACUACACAAGGCACGAUCUUGAAUUGGCGACGCAAAAUAUUUUAUUAACACGACUUUUGCUGGAACGAGAUGGCCGAGUUGGUGCCAGUGGUGUAGAUCAAGCGAGUUACUUGGAGACUCAGAGUCUUCCUGGACAAGUAGCUGCGGGGACUCAAACCGAUAAAACGACUGCGACACAGACUGAACACCAAACUAGAAGUAGAAGUGAUAAUGAAUCUGAAGAAGAAUCUAGAAUUCGUAAAAAAAUGAAAUUUCUCAAACGCUAUGACGAGGAACCCAAGCGCAUCCGGACUUUAUGGAUAAAGUCGCCAAUCGUCGAAGAAGAGCGUCACUCAUCCGGAAAACGUGCGACUGUGUCUCGCAGGAAAAUCAGAGAUAUUAAAGACAGCCGAAUGAGUUCAAUUGAGCCUGAAGUUUUACGAGAGAUUUCAGAUUCAUUGGAUGAAAAUACGGAGACAUCCGCCAAUUUCAUAAAGGCCCUCGACAGUUCAAAUUCACAAUACGAGUCUCGAGAAGAGGAGGAGAUCUCAAAAAUAGAUGAUUCAUCUUCAAUGAAAAGAACCGGAAUAACUCACAGGAAAGGAAGCAGACAAGACAAACAGAGAAUGGAAAAGAGAAAGAAGACUACUAAAUCAAGGAGCGAUACAGCAUCGGGACCUAGUUUCCGUAUCCUGGAAAAAGAAAUGAAUUCGCUCAGCAGGAAAUUGUCGAAAUUAACUGGCCGAAAAACUUCCAGUGGGGAAGACUCAGGUGAAAACGAAAAGCAAUCUCAAGUUCAAUCAAAAUGUGAGACAUCCCAAUCUACCGCUCAUCAAGGAGAAUUAAAAUCUAAAAAAAUCGAGUCUAAAUCGGACAGAAAAAUUCUUUUAGAAGCUAUUCAAUCUAUGACUAAACAACACCGCAAAAUUCCCGAUCAAUUAGUUGCUGAUAAAUUCAAGCAGAAAGCAAAACUACGAAAAGUACUGCCUCUCAGCACAGUGAGCUCGGAGAGCAAAGAAUCAGCUGAUAACUCUCUUAAGAAAUCAAAGACUCCUGCAAAAUCACGAGAAAGUCAAAAAUUGAAACUCGCAGUCGGCAAAGUAAAGCACGCUAAACUAAAAAGACAGGGGAAAAUAGAUAUAAAAGGAGUUAUGAAGUCGAUGACCGAAAAAUUGACCAAAUCCGAGGAAGAACGUGCCAUAACAAAAUCAAGCAGUGAAUACGAUUAUAGACUAUCUUCUGAUGAAUCAGCUAAUACCAAAGGAAGUGAAGCAGUCCUUGAAGCCUCCACUGGUGCAAUCAUCCAAGGAAACAAGUCCUUAAUACCUUCAGAUACUACAAUAUCUGCACCAGAGAACCCCGAAGCAUUAAAAGAAAUUUUACAAUCGAAGAUCGAAGCAUAUCCCCAGGACGGGGACCCUUCAGCAUCUAGUAUCCGUGAAUAUAAAAUUACUGAAUCCCCAAAGACAGAUAAGACUCCCAAUGUUACCGCAGAUGAAGCAACGAUGAAAACCGAAGGCUCCAGUAAACCACGAGUGACAAGUAGUUCCGAUGUGGAAUCAACUACAUCAGCUCAGAAGGAACAGUCUAGUGCAGAAGGUGAAUCACUGCUAGUAAAACCCACGAACAUCGUCUCCACUAAAACAGAUGGAACCCAGUCACAGAUAAACAGCGAGGAGAUCAUGGUAAAUAGAGCUAAAAGCCCUAUCAAGGUUCGCAGCGCUAUGAAGAAGAGGUCAAUCAGGAAACGCGUGAGAAUCGCAGAUGAAAAGUCUGAGGAGGACAGUACACAUUCUGAACCAUGGAAUACCGGAGAUGAAAGACCAGGAAAAUUACAACUAGAUAGAAAGAGCAGCAGUCUGCCAGAUCAUUCACCUGAUGAAGCCCUUGUUCCCACAAAUCCACAGGCUCCGGAUGGAAAUACUGAAAAAGAAAGCUCCGAGGGGAUCAGAACGUCCUCGUCCAACACAAGUCCUGGGAAAGGAUUAGAAUCGGUUGUAAAAUCUCCCAGUGCACGAUCACUUACAACACCAUCUGUUCAAAGCAUUAGAACAACAGUGGACGGAAUUAUAGAACAAGCAACAAUCGUUGUUUCAGGUAAAAUUAAAACAGCGACAAGAAAUACAGAUGAUCGAAAGGAUGACGUUGGUAAUGUUUUGAAAGGAGAGGUUUCACAUGUACGUCACCUCCCAGAAGAGACGGAGAGGACGGAUGAUAUGGAAGACAUGAAAAUUCACGAUUCUGAUGUAACGGAAAGGACACCAAUUGUUGCUGAAAGUGUUGAAAAUAUUUCAAGGGUAAUGCUUCAAGAUGAAUCGUCACAAUUAAGUGAAGGAAAUAUUAAGCAGCAGGAAGUCAUUGCAGAGGCCAUACCCACGAUGACCACGACUGGAGAAACUGUUGAUAGUGCGAAACUGGAUCCAAAAAUAUCAGAAUUACAAACUCCAGAACAGUUUGAACAGAAAAUUAGUCUCGAGGAAACAGUAGGUAUUAUACAAAUACCAGGUAAAAAUGGUAAUUCUGAUAUUGCACAAACUCUCGAACCUAUUGUUGAAGACUCAAUGGAUACAUGUCAUACAACAAUCGAAGAGGAGGUUUCGACAGUAGAAAGUAAGACGAGUAAGUUCACUGGUCCUGAGAUACAGAGAUUGACAGAGGAGAGUGACAAACUACCCGAUUUUCCGAAUGGUGAUCCUAUUUCAAAAGGACAAUCUACUGUAUCCCCAAGUGAUCCGCCUGUGAGUACUUUGGGAAUUGCUUCUCCACCUCCAGGAGGAAGUCUGACGCUACAACAACGAGUAGAACCGACACCACCUGUUGGUCUAACUGUGACCUCCUUUCCAUCUCCUAAGAGCGAGAGACAACUUCAUGACUUUGUUCCUGAACCACCAAAACUUGUCGAGGAUUUGACACCCACUAACGACGGCCUAGAAUCGUUGAAAAGUGAAAAUUUAGAAACAGUUUCGAUAAAAUCAGACGAGAGUCAGUCGUCCAAAAAUGUGAUUAUAUCGAGAGAAACAUCAUUUCUCAACUCUCCCAAACGAAAAUCCCCUACAGAAGAUAAUUAUAUCGACAAAUCAGAGAAGAGCGACGAAAAAGCUGUAGAAGAUGCGCCUGUUACGUCAGAGGUUUCAUUGACAUCAAAACCUUCAGAUAUACUCCUUCCUGGUUUAAAUGCUGAAGCACCGAACCCUGAAGUUUCAACCGAGCCUUCAAUGUUAAAACGAGAGGAAGAAAAAGGGGAAGAGCAUCAACUUUCGAAAUCAGAAGGUACAUCAAUGUCUACGAGUGAAGAAAAACUACCAAUAGAUCCACCGUUAGAAGAAUCGAAGCCGCAAAUUGCAGAUUUACAUAUCGAUUUACCGAGUGGCGAUAUUUCCACUUCAUCUAUCGAUUCCCAAUCGGAAGAGAGAAAUCGUAAGACUGAAUUGCAAGAUGCUUCUGUUUCUACACCAGAAAAUGCUAAAACAGAUACGCUAAUGCCAGAAUCACCCGGGCGAUUGAUUCCGGAGCUGAAUAUAAAUCGAAUAUCAAAAAAUAUUGAUGAGAGCUCAACGUUAGAUGAGAAAGGAAAAGAAGGUCAGGUCGAAAUUCCAAUAUCAAAAGGGCUCCCAUACUUACCAGAAUUAUCAUUGAAGAGACUUGAAGAAGAUAGCGACAUAUCUAGUCAGUCCUCCGCGGGAACGACGUUGAUCGCUCAGCCAUAUGGAACUCCUCGACAGAAGAAAAUGGUUCCACCAGACGAUAUGGACUCCAUGGAUGAAAGCCGAGUGACUGAACCCGUUUCUUCUGAAAUAAAAAAGGGCGAAUCGAGUGAAGGACUCAAAAGAUUGAAACCAGAAGAAGUUCGUACUGAUAAUAUCAUUGCGGGCAAGAUGGAACACACUGGAGAGACAGUACAGGAAAGAAAAGAGGAAAUUCACGUUGCAAAAAAAGAAUUUGAUGUUAUUCCUGAACAGGAAGAUCCACCUGUAAAAAUUGCAGAUGAAUCUACCUCAUCUGGUGGUCAUAAUCUAACGGAGGAAGCUAAACAAAGUCAGGUAGAAUUAAUUGCUAAACCUCUUCAAGCAAUAUUACCCCAUGAUGAUGGCUCAACAUGUGACCUUCUUGCAGAUAGAGCGGAGGUCACAACUAGUAGAGAACAAAUGAAACCUUUAAAUAUACAAAAGACUAUUGACACUGUCCAUAAAAUGAUUAAGUCUGUCCCUGGUGGGUAUUUGAAAAAAAUUGACGAAGACUCCAGAAACGUACCGCGAAAAGGGAGACCAACUAGAAUAAAAAGUCCUGAAAAAGAAUGCGAAGAUUCAAAAAUUUCUUCGGCAAAAGAGAAAAAGCUUAAAAAAAUACCUCCUGAAGAACUUAAGACAUCUAAACUGAAAAAACCAAAACGUCAAGAACCUGAAAAAUUGGCACCGUUGGAACCCAACUCUCGAAUUACUAACGAUCGUCAAACAAUUUCGAGAAAACCAGAGCGCGAUAAAGGAAUACAACCGGAAAAAUUGAAAAUAGACAAAACAAUUAAACCGAUACGAAUAAUAAAGACUAAAGAAUACACAACUCCAGCAAAAACUCCAGAUCCUCCGAAAAACGGGAAAAAAAUUCGCCCUACUCUUUUAAAAUUACAAGCCAUAAAAAAAUUAUCAUCCUCCACUGAAUUAGAAAAAGAUGAAGGCGCAAAUGUGAUGGAAUCGUCCCCGGAUUCAUCAAGACAGUUGCCAGGAAAUUGUGAUAAAAUAAAUCCUAUUUUUCAACUAGACCAAGUUAUAACGGUAACGACAGAGUCGUCACCAACGACAAACAAUGAACAGCCGAUAGUUCCAAGCGAGAAUAUCGAACGUGCGGAAAAAUCCACAGAAGAUGAAAUUACCUCGUUAAAGACUCCUGAUGGAGCUUCGACUAUCCCCAGCCAAUUAAAGAACUCGCCCGAGCAAACCACUGAAGCCGCCAAAGACGAAAAAUUCCACCAAAAUACGAAAAUUAUACCUGGAGAUCCUCCCUCUAAUGCUUCCAAAGUCGUCAAUGACGUAAUGUCAUCUAACUCUCCACAUGCCAAAUACUGGAAAGAAGACACACCGGAAGCGCAGUCUCGUUAUAUGGCGUGGUACAAAGAAAUGCAUGAACGGAGAGACGGUGAAAAUCAGGAGGAACCUCCGAAAUGGCUGCGCAAAAGCACUCGCCAAAGGUGGUUAAAAAUGAGUCCCCAAGAUCGAAAGAAUUUCGACUUGAGAACCCCCGAAAUAACACCCCGUCCCCGGCGAAAAGUUAAACCCUCUAAAAACGUUGAAUCAGAGCAACUGAAGGCGAUAAUUCGUCAAGGAAGAAGACUUCGACGAGCAGAAGGUGGAAACAGGGAAGAACCUAAAAUCGAAAUUUUUGCACCGGAGAAACCGCCAGUGCCUUCAACUUCGACAAAGUACCACAAUCUAAUUCAACAUUCAGAGUACAAAUACGAAAAAAUCCCCCCUUUUUACCUUCACCCUCCACCAGUUCCUCACUCCUCCCCUCAACUGUCACCCCAACAUUUCGCGGAUCCACCUGGAAGUUGUUCUACGGGGACCAGAUGUGUUGAUAAUGAUACGGACUCUGGUAUUGUCCUACCGAUAUCCACCGGCAGCCGUCUCCGUCAUCAGCAACUUCUGGAGAAAAAAAGUGUCUUCGAUAUCGCUUACAGUGAAGCAGCUCCAUCGCAACUCCGAGCCGAUAGCACAACUCCUCCCUCGUAAAUUUAUCAAUCUUCGAUGAAUGUUGUUCCAUUUCCCCAUCAAAAACCAAAGGAAUUAACCAUAAAUUUGAUAUUAAUGUCUAUAACAACCAGAUUAUUCCAUCACUGCCGACUUGGUAAUAUUAGCAAGAUGAUUGUUUAUAUUGCUAAUCUUGUAAAUAAAUUCGAAAAACAAAACAUACUUAUAACUGACAAUUUAUUUUUCACUAUCUGAUUCGAUACUAUAGAACGAGGGAGCGAACAGGGAGCUUCUUCAUACUUCUACUACCCCACUAUAAAAGUAUCCCCGUU